AUGGCUGCCGAACCCCCCGCAAAGAAAAAGUGCUUGGGCGUCGACUGCGAAAACGACGCCGGCACCCUCCAAUGCCCGACCUGCCUCAAGCUUGGCAACAAGGACAGCUUCUUUUGCUCCCAGGACUGUUUUAAGAAGAGCUGGAGCACGCACAAGUCCAUGCACAAAUCUCAAAGUAAUAUCCUCCACCACUUGCUCGCCCCGAAAGCAAUCUCACCAGAUCCAGCGACCGGUUACUACAAUCCCUUCCCGAGUUUCCCCUUCGCCGGCCCUCUGCGCCCCGUCUACCCUCUCUCCGAGCACCGCACCGUUCCCCGGUCGAUCACGCACCCCGUCUGGUCUGAGGAUGGCAACCCCAAGUACAGCCGCUCGCUCAGCAGCCGCACCAAGUUUGAGAUUCUCGAUGCCAAGGGUAUAGAGGCCAUGCGCAAGGUCUCCAAGCUCGCGCGCGAGGUCCUCGACCUGGCCGCCGCCGCCGCCGUCCCUGGCGUCACCACGGACUACAUUGACGAGAUUGUACACAACGCUUGCGUCGAGCGCAAGUCGUAUCCCUCCCCCCUCAACUACAACCACUUCCCGAAGUCCUGUUGUACUUCCGUUAACGAAGUCAUUUGCCAUGGCAUCCCCGAUAAGCGCGUCCUCCUCGACGGGGAUAUCCUCAAUAUUGACGUGACCCUGUACCACGAAGGGUACCACGCCGAUCUGAACGAGACGUACUACAUUGGCGACCGCGCCAAGGCCGACCCGGAUAACGUGCGCGUUGUUGAGGCGGCCCGUGAGUGCCUCGACGAGGCGAUCAAGGCCGUCAAGCCCGGCGUGCAGAUUCGCGAGUUCGGCAACAUCAUUGAGAAGCACGCCAAGACGAAAGACUGCAGCGUCAUCCGCACUUAUUGCGGCCACGGCAUCGGCAAGCUGUUCCACUGCCCGCCAAACGUGCCUCACUAUGCCAAGAACAAAACGCCUGGCGAGUGCAAGGCUGGUAUGACAUUCACUAUCGAGCCCAUGAUUGCGCUGGGCAAGUACCGAGAUAUCACAUGGCCGGACAACUGGACGAGCACCACCAUUGACGGCAAACGGACAGCUCAAUUCGAGCAAACCCUACUGGUGACAGAAGACGGCGUCGAGGUGCUGACGGCGAGAAACGAAAAUUCCCCUGGUGGUCCGGUACCGAUGCCUACUGUGGCGUAA